AUGGCCCAGCAAUCGUGUCAGUGGGGCUAUGACAGUGACAACGGACCUGAGCACUGGCACAAAUAUUACCCUAUUGCCAAAGGAGACAAUCAGUCACCUAUUGAAAUCAAUAUCAAAGAUGUCCAUUAUGAACCCUCUCUUCUGCCUUGGUUUGUUGGAUAUGAUCCUGUCGGAGCUAGGGCCAUAGUGAACAAUGGGAGAACCUGCAAAGUUGUGUUUGAUGACACUUUCGAUAGAUCAGUGCUGAGAAGUGGACCACUCCCAGGUAUCUACAGACUGCGUCAACUUCACUUUCAUUGGGGUUCUUCUAAUGACCAUGGCUCUGAGCACAUUGUGGAUGGAAUGAAAUAUGCGGGAGAGCUUCAUUUGGUACAUUGGUAUUCAAAAUACAGUAAUUACGCUGAAGCUUUGAGAAAUUAUGAUGGUGUGGCUAUUUUGGGCAUUUUUCUGCAAGUAGGAAAAACUCCCAAACCAGAGAUGAAGAGAAUUCUUGAAGAAAUAAAUGGUAUUAAAACAAAGGGAAAAGAGGCUCCUUUUUCAAACUUUGAUCCAUCAAUUCUUUUUCCUAAAUCUUGGGACUAUUGGACCUACCAUGGCUCCCUCACUGAACCUCCUUGUGAUGAGUGUGUUACCUGGAUUCUUUUGAGGGAACCUAUUAUUGUCAGCCCAGACCAGAUGGCAAAGCUCCGUAGCCUUUCCAUCAAUGCUGAGACAGAACCUGUUCGCCCCAUGGUGGAUAACUGGCGCCCUCCUCAGCCUCGGCAUUUCAGGAUGGUGAGAGCCUCGUUCCAAUAA